UUUGAUGAGGGCAGAGCUCACGUUGCAUUGAAGACGAAACCUCGGGGAGGUCAGGCGCUGUCUCUCCUUCCCUCCCAGCCCGGCGGCUCCUCCACACUUGCGACCUGCAGGGGCCGGGAGAACACCACCCUCUGAAGAAGCCAAGGUUUUGUGUUCAAACCCAUCACUGACCCCCAGCCCAAGUACCCAACCACCCCACCACCACCACUACCAUGGCUGAAGACGCGGACAUGCGCAAUGAACUGGAGGAGAUGCAGCGAAGGGCUGACCAGCUGGCUGAUGAGUCACUGGAAAGCACCCGUCGUAUGCUGCAACUGGUUGAAGAGAGUAAAGAUGCUGGUAUCAGGACUUUGGUUAUGUUGGAUGAACAAGGAGAACAACUGGAACGCAUUGAGGAAGGGAUGGACCAAAUCAAUAAGGACAUGAAAGAAGCAGAAAAGAAUUUGACGGACCUAGGAAAAUUCUGCGGGCUUUGUGUGUGUCCCUGUAACAAGCUUAAAUCAAGUGAUGCUUACAAAAAAGCCUGGGGUAAUAAUCAGGAUGGAGUGGUGGCCAGCCAGCCUGCUCGUGUGGUGGAUGAACGGGAGCAGAUGGCCAUCAGUGGUGGCUUCAUUCGGAGGGUAACAAAUGAUGCCCGAGAAAAUGAGAUGGAUGAAAACCUGGAGCAGGUGAGCGGUAUCAUUGGAAACCUCCGUCACAUGGCCCUGGAUAUGGGCAAUGAGAUCGAUACACAGAAUCGCCAGAUCGACAGGAUCAUGGAGAAGGCUGAUUCCAACAAAACCAGAAUUGAUGAGGCCAACCAACGUGCAACGAAGAUGCUGGGAAGUGGUUAAAUGUGCUCACCUAUGUUCUCUUCCAAAUGCUGUUGGGCAAGAUAGCACCUUCAUGCUUUUCUCAUUGUAUUACCUAGUAGGUCUGCACACAUACACACAUCAGUCCACUCCCAUUGUGAAUGUUGUCUUGUGUCAUUCAUCAGCUUCCCAACAAUAUUAUGUGUUUUAUUCUUUCUGGGUCUCUUUCUUUCCAAAGGUUGUAUAUAGUAGUCAUUUGGUGGCUCUAACUCCCUACAUAAGAUGUCUUGGAUUUCAUUUUCCCUUUUCUCUCCUCAGUGGUGUUUGCUGAAUGACAACAAUUUAGGAAUGCUCAAUGUGCUGUUGAUUCUUUCAAUACACAGUAUUGUUCUUGUAAAACUGUGACAUUCCACAGAGCUACUGCCACUGUCCUUUCCUUGGGUGUCAGGCUCUGAACCUCUCAAAAUUUGCUGUCCUUGGUUUCUCAUGGCUGUCAUCUGUCUUUAUGAUUUCAUGAUUAGACAAUGUGGAAUUACAUAACAGGCAUUGCACUAAAAGUGAUGUGAUUUAUGCAUUUAUGCAUGAGAACUAAAUAGAUUUUUAGAUUCCUACUUAAACAAAAUCUUUCCAUGACAGUAGCGUACAGAUGAGAAAACACACACACACACACACACAUACACACACACACACAUACACACACACACCAACAGAAACAACAAAACAACAACAAAGCAUGCUCAGUAUUGAGACACUGUCAAGAUUAAGUUAUACCAGCAAAACUGAAGUAGUGUCACUUUCUUUCUGUCAAUAUAUAGACUUAUUAAUCAUAAUCAUCCUUUUUUUAAAGAAAAAAAUAAUUUUAAAAAAGGUGGAUUUGACACACUCACCACUUAAUAAUUUCCAGCAAAAAAUACGUUUGGAUGAACUAUGUCAAAUGAAUGUAAUAUAGGAUUUGUUUGCUGCUUUUGAAGGCUAUGUUUUGGAGAAAGCAAUCUUGCUGUGAAACAGUGUGGAAAUGUAAAUUUUAUAAGGUUGACUCUUAUUAAUCACCAUUUCCCCCUGUGGUUUGUUAUCAGUACAAUUCUCUGUUGCUUAAUCUAGAGCUAUGCACACCAAAUUGCUGAGAUAUUUAGUAGCUGAUAAAGAAAUCUUUAAAAAAAUAAUAUAAAUGAAUGAAAUAUAGAUAAACUGUGAGAUAAAUAUCAUUACAGCAUGUAAUAAUAAAUUCCUCCUGUCUCUUCUGUCAGUUUGUGAAGUGAUUGACAUUUUGUAGCUAGUUUAAAAUUAUUAAAAAUUAUAGACCUCAGAUGGCUGCUUUAA